UAGAAAUUCAGAAUGUAUGCGGUUACUUGUUAUUGUAUCUUGUCUUACUUAUAACUAGGUUUAAGAACCAAUCCUCUGUCUCACUCAAGGUUCUUCAAAAUGUAUUUUAUAAGUGAAGCCUUGUGUGAAUAAUAGAGAGUUGGUUAAAUUAUUUAUUUAGUUGGAGCUUUUUUAAAUACUUUAAGAAAGCUCUUUUUAAGUAAUUUUAGUUUUUAUCUUAGGUGUAUUCUAAUGUAUAACUAGAUUUAAUUUAGUUUUAAGUAGGCUUAGUUUAGGUUAGUAAUUUAAAUUAGAUGUAAGAUAAUAUAAGUUUAGGUUUAGCUAAUUUUUAUGCAUCAAAUGGUAAUCAGUGCUUUAUUGCAUUGAUUUAGUUUUUAUUCUUGUCAUGUUAUUGGGACCAUUUAAACUGUUGCAGUAUUGUAAAAAAAAUUGUAUGUAAACUGUCAGUGGGUCUAUGUACUUCACUGACAGAAAUUGUAAGUUAAUUAUCAAAAAUGCCUGUUGUGGCAUAAGUGAAUGUCAACAUCUAACUGUGAAGAUCUACAUGUUGUAACAAGAAGUCCCCAACAUCAAGCAAAGGAUUCUUCUGUUGAAAGCUGCUGUUCUCCAGAGCCUGAUUGCAAGCACCUUUCUUUUCCAAAGAAGUUGGAAGUAAAGAAGAGUAUUUUCUUCUUCAUUGGUGAGUUAUGAUUUAAUAUAUUCCUUCUUUUCUAGUCUGGUAAGUAAUCUACUGAUUUAAUGUUGGAAGUAAUGCUAAACCUUAAAUUAUUCUAAAUUCUAAAAUAGAACUGAUAUUUAAGCACUUAGCACUCCUAAGUAGCACUAUUUUAAAAGCACCUUAAUAAUACACCAAUACAUAGUUAUUAGUGUUAUUUCUAACACUAAGAACAGUAGAUCCAUUUGUUUGGAGCCAAAUAAAUCAUCCAUUAGUUUUCUGAGUCUACUUGCAGGUGAAAAUAAGAAAAGGCUGUGAAGUUUUAUUUCAGGUCGAAAAACACUGUGGUGGGAUCAGCGCAUGAAACAACUUCAAAAGUUACAGGCAGAGUCGUUCGGUCAAUCAAGAUUGAGAGGAUCUAGAUAUUCUACUGGUUUUAGAGGGAGUCCUAAGCAAGCUAUUUGUCCUUUUUGUUACAAGAUAUUCUACGAUAAAAGCACGAUGAAUCGACACGUCUCUAAGCGUGUCUGUUUGGGUUUGCAGUUUCAGGUUUCUUUUUCUGAUCAGCUGCCUAAUGUUCCUGUUUCAUCUGUUAUGCCAGUUUGCUCAAGCUCUUUAUAUCGUAAUACCGCUUCUCCUGAUAUUAUCGAUAUGGAAGCCUCGGAAGUAAACGCAGAUGUUUCUUUAAACGAGUCUGAUGUCCUUUGUUCUAGUAAAGUGGAAGAGACUUUUAAUAAAUCAGGAAAAGUUCCUUGCCCCUACUGUAAGAAAUACUUCAAAGGUGAUAGAGGUGUUAAGAAACACCUUCAUUUUUAUGGAUGUCCUAUGGCUGUUGAUUCAAAAUUUGCAAAUGAACAUUGAAUUAAUGUUAAAUUAUAAUUAUUUAUACUGUAAGUGCAAUAUUUAAGCACUGACAUUUCGUUAAAUGUUUUAAAAUUUAUUUGUAAGAUGGAGCUACUCACAGUUUUUAUAGUCCCAGUAACAAGACAAAUUUUAAAUUAUAGUGAUAUUUAUUCUGUUAGGUUUACUUAAAAUGAUCUAGUCUUGAAUAUUUUUUCUUUAGUUAUGUUUAGUAUAGAAUUUUAUGAUGAAAUGCUUGUUUUUAUUGUUCAGGCAUAUUUACAGAGUUUUGUUGAGUGCUACUUUGGCUUUAUUUAUUUGGUGGCUAUAUCUAGUGGUAGGUAGCUCCAUCAAAUUUUUGUACAUAGUUGUAAGAGAUGAAUAAAAAGAUUAAAGCUUUAAA